AUGUCUACCCCCCAAGACCUCUCGCCCACCGCCGACGAGCUUAUCGACAACAUGAACCACCUCGGCGUUGCUGGUGGCGAAGAGAGACUCGGACCUGACGGCGAACCCCUCCCUAAGACCGACGAAGAGUAUGGCGAGUCCCAGCUCACCCUCCGCGCUAUCGUCUCCUCCAAGGAAGCUGGUGUCAUUAUUGGCAAGGCCGGUAAGAACGUUGCAGAUCUCCGCGACGAGACCGGAGCCAAGGCUGGUGUGAGCAAGGUUGUCCAAGGUGUCCACGACCGAGUUUUGACUAUCGCUGGAGGAUGCGAGGCCAUAUCCAAGGCCUAUGCUAUUGUUGCUAGGGCUCUAUUGGAGGGUGCACCGCAGAUGGGUAUGGGAGGUGUUGUCUCCACCAGUGGCACUCAUCCAAUCAAACUAUUGAUUUCUCACAACCAGAUGGGUACGAUCAUUGGCCGCCAAGGUCUUAAGAUCAAGCAUAUUCAGGAUGCUUCCGGAGUCCGCAUGGUCGCACAGAAGGAGAUGCUUCCACAAUCGACCGAGCGCAUCGUCGAGAUCCAAGGUACCCCCGAAGGCAUCCAAAAAGCCAUAUGGGAGAUUUGCAAGUGUUUGAUUGAUGAUUGGCAACGAGGAACCGGUACCGUCUUGUACAACCCAGUUGUCCGAACCCAACCUGGUGGAGGACCAGGAAUGGGCCAGGGUGGUGGCGGUAACGGCCGUGACAACUACAACAGCAGCCCACGUGUCAUGCGCACUGGAAACGGAAACGACUUCAGCGAGAACGCUCCCCGAACCUACAACAGUCGCCGUUCCAACUCUGAUGCCGGUCAGCGUGGACCACCUACUCACGAUGAGAACGGAGAGGAAUACCAGACCCAGAACAUCAGCAUUCCGUCUGACAUGGUUGGAUGUAUUAUUGGACGUGCUGGCAGCAAGAUCAGUGAGAUCCGCAAGUCAUCCGGAGCCCGUAUUAGCAUUGCCAAGGCACCUCAUGACGAUACCGGCGAGCGUAUGUUUACCAUCAUGGGGACCACCAAGGCCAACGAGGCCGCUUUGUACCUGCUGUACGAGAACCUCGAGGCUGAGAAGAUGCGCCGAAGCCAGAACAACGCUCAGGAGUAG